GAAAUGAUGUGAAAAGACCCAGGUUCUUAACUCCACGGAAGCGCGCAAUAUUUCGAUAAUUCAAAUUAGUUCGAUAUAUCGCAUAGAUCGAUACCGAGUUGAAUGCUAUCUAUGCUUACUCUAUUCCAUAUGAUGGAAACGAUUUUAAAAGUUAUUUAAAAAUAUAUUUAAAUACUCAAAUAACAUCUAACAAAUAUAUUUUUAAAUAAAUAAAUAUUUAAAUAAAUUUGAAAUAUAUUUUUAUAUUCAAAAAAAUAAUAAUAUUAACAUCGUGUUCAAUACAAGAGGACAAUAUUUCGUUUAUAUUUCCAAAUAUUCAGUAACGAUGGACUAUCUUUAUUGAUCCUGUUUUAGGACAAAAUUGAUUAAUCAACAUGUUUAGUUUGGUUUCUAAGUAACCAUUCGUGAUUGUAUAGAUAUGAGUGACAAGUAUUUCAAGGAAAAAUUAUUCAAUUAUUAAGAUAGGCGCUAGUUAUCAGAUGCAACUUGCCAGGUGUAGCCAUAUCUUUAAUCAUAUACUCUAUUUAUUAUAUUUUAUAUAUUUUCUCAAUUAGAUAUGGAUAACCAUUUAACGAACUACGAUAACGAACGAGAGGCACCAAAAUAUCAGAACACUUAUCGUCUGAAUGCUUGCAAUCCUUUUAAAAUAGAUACAGUGGAUAAGAUUGUAAAGACGAUAAUGAUAACUAAAUUAGAAGAUAUCUCUUAUAAUGCUGAGGAGUGUCUGAAGCUUUGUGAGUUAGUAGCCACUGAAAUUAGAGAAAAAAUUAAAACUUUGAACUUCGAUAGAUAUAAAAUCGUAGUCAAUGUGACCAUCAUAGAGAAAGCAAAUCAAUCUAUACAAUCAUCUAUAGGCUUUCUUUGGGACGCUGGAAAAGACAAUUACUCCACAUUUACAUACGGAGCUCGAACUUUUCAUGCCUACUGUUGUGUAUUCGGCCUUUAUUGUGAAUAAGUUGAACUAUCACCUUCUUAGUAAU